GUCAAAGCUCGAACCAUCGAUGUCAUCGAUUCUGUUUCAUCUCUAAUGCUCACUCGAACAUCUUUUUGUUUUCUAUUAAAUUUUUAAUUAGACCCGAUUCCCGAGAUGGUGUUCUACUUCAAGAGCAACCUGGUGCAGCCGGCGGCAAUGCUAUACAUGGGACGCGACAAGUACGAGAACGAGGAGCUGAUCCGCUGGGGCUGGCCAGAGGACGUCUGGUUCCAUGUGAACAACCUGUCGUCGGCGCACGUUUAUCUGCGCCUGCACCGCGGCCAGACGAUCGACGACAUUCCCAGCGACGUGCUGGUGGACGCCGCCCAGCUGUGCAAGGCCAACAGCAUCCAGGGCAACAAGGUGAACAACCUGGAGGUGGUCUAUACCAUGUGGGAGAAUUUGAAGAAAACGCCGGACAUGGAGCCCGGCCAGGUGGCCUAUCAUGACGAGAAGGCGGUGCGCAAGAUCAAGCUGGAGAAGCGCGUCAACGAGAUUGUCAACCGUCUGAACAAGACCAAGACGGAGGAGGAGCAUCCCGAUUUCCGUGGGCAGCGCGAGGCGCGCGAUGCCGCCGAGCGCCAGGACCAGAAGAAGCUGCAACGCGAGCGUCGCGAACAGGAGAAGGAGGCGGCCAAGCAGCGUGAACUGGAGGCGGAGCUGCGUAGCUACGCCUCGCUCCAGAAGACUGAGAAUAUGCGCACAAACUAUGAUGCCGGCAACGAGUCGGACGACUUCAUGUAGUGUCCCUCAUCCUCAUCUCGCUCUCUCUCAAAAGCUCUCCACUCCCCAGCUCACCGCUGUCCCAUUAUUCUUAUUGUUUUUGUAUUAAAUUAUACGAAACUAGUUUCUGUAAAUAA